CUAGGUGAAAUUAAUGACACAUUCAUUCACCUCUCAUUACCAACUUUGACGUUACUAUUUCCUUCAUCCUCCUACUCCUUUUCUAUUAAACGGCCUCACAAAUUAACCACUUCUUCUCCAUUCCAUUUCAUUCAAAUAUUUCUCAAAGACAUUAAAUGGCAAAGCUGAUGAGACUUGUAGACGAUGUUAUUGCAUUUGUCACAUUACUUUCCUUAUUUCUUCUUAUUGUCACACCAAUAGCACUAGGAAUCGAAGAUUCAUAUGAUUCGGACGUUUUCUUAGACGAUAUUGAGGGAAAUUACAACGAAGAUUUAUAUGAUUCUUCACUAUAUUCAAUUCCUGAUGACUCUAAGCCAGCGUUGUCACCUGAGCCAUACCCUGGAUUUCAAAUAGAGGUAGAGAAAUGCUUGGAAAAGAUUUCGGACGAUUGUGGAUGGAUCAUCUUCAGCAGGAUCGUCGGUAGUGGAUAUGACGUCGAUUUGGAUGGGUGCUGCAGCCAGCUUUUGACAUUGGGAAGGAAAUGCCACAACACAAUUCUGGAGUCUACACUUGCCAAUCCUGAGAUGAAGGGAGCCAACAAAACUUUGAUGUGGGAAAAUAGUGACCAGCUUUGGAAGGAAUGUGCUGCUUCUGCUCCCGUUUAAUUAAUUUGGAAAAGAACUUGCAAGUGAUACUGUUGUUUCUAAUAUCUUCAUUGACAGCAUAUUAUAACUGAUUUCUGUAGAAUAUGGGGAUACAAUUUUUUUGAAUAAAGUGGAGAGUUAUUUACAAUGUUUGCAUGGUACAAAUUGACAAACUCAGAUUGGUUAAAUUAAUUGCAAGUUCUUCUCAAUCUGUUCUUGAACUUGUUUAAGG